UAAUCUCUUACCACGUGUUAGAACGGCUGCCAUAAAACAACCAACGGUUCACACUACCGCAACUUUCUUUCUUUCUUUCUUCCUCUGUAACGAAUUAGAAAUCGCAAUCCACAAAAACAUGGCGCUUUCUCUCUCCACAAGUCUUUUGCCAAACACUUUCCAAUCCAACGGGAACCACAAUAACCUUUUGGCCCGCCUAUUUCUCAACCAACCAUCGACAUUCGGUCUCAAACACCGUAUAAACGAUAAUAAAAUCUCCACUCCACGGAAUCCGCCGGUGGUCUCCGCGGUCUCUGGCUCUACCGGACUCGAAUCUUCCGCAGUGAGUGAAGAUACUGUUGAUUUGUUGGAUACGGUCAAAGUAUUUGAUCUGAAUGGAAAUGAAAUUCCUAUUUCUGAUUUAUGGAAAGACAGGAAAGCUGUUGUAGCAUUUGCCCGCCAUUUUGGAUGUGUUUUUUGCCGCAAACGGGCUGAUUAUCUUGCAUUCAAGAAGGAUGUAAUGGACAAAGCAGGUGCUGCACUUGUUUUAAUUGGACCUGGAAGCAUUGAACAGGCAAAAACAUUUGCAGUACAAACUAAAUUCAAAGGAGAAGUUUAUGCAGAUCCGAGCCACUCGUCAUACGAUGCAUUAAGAUUUGUUUCUGGGUUUGCAACCACAUUUACCCCCAAAGCAGGUCUUAAGAUAAUACAGUUGUACAUGGAAGGCUACCGACAAGACUGGAAGCUUUCAUUUGAGGAAGACACUGUCAAGAGAGGCGGCUGGCGUCAAGGUGGAAUUUUAGUAGCAGGUCCUGGCAAAAAGAACAUUUUAUACGUUCACAAGGAUAAAGAAGCAGGGGAUGAUCCAGAGAUUGAGGACAUUUUGAAAGCCUGUCGCUCAUGAGAAAUGAGACCUCACUAUAUAUAUAUAUAUAUAUAUAUAUACUGUAAACCUUUUUUGUUUUCAUCUUUCUUCUCGUGAAAUAUAUCGUGUUUUUAGAAUCUAUCAUAGCCUAAACAUGAAAGUUUUCAGUAAAUUCUUCUUUCCUUUUCC